AUGAAGCCGAGUUUGCCACUACUGAACGAGCUGCGUACAUUGCGUCGACUACGACAUCCCAAUAUUGUCCUCUUCCUUGGAGCACAUGUUGUGCCAUCCACAAACGACAUGGCCCUGGUGUUUGAGCUUAUUGAGGGUCAAACCCUACAUGACUGGAUCAAGGCCCAGCCACAUCCGAUCGACUGCGAUAUAGGCAAGUUGAACAUCCUGCAGGGCAUCUCCCUUGCGCUCCGAUACCUGCAUCAGCAGGACAAGACUCUGGUGCAUGGUGAUCUAAAGGGCUCCAACGUGUUUGUGGAGAAUGGCAACCUGCUGCCCAAAGCAAAGCUGGGUGAUUUCGGUCUUGCCAGGUUCCUCUACAAGACGGAGCACACCAUGGGAGGCAGCUUGAGGUGGAUGGCGCCAGAGAUUGCAACCGGUCGCUCGGCUGGCUCUGAGGACGUCAAACCGUUUGAUGGGAUGGAUCGAUCCAGCAUCCUCAAGACGAUGAGAAAAGGCACCCUUCCGCAGCUCACGUGGCGUAAGGAUGGCACGGAAGUUUCCCAGCUUAUCGAAGCCAUCGGAGAUUCUUGCUAUUGCAUGAGCCCUGCGGACAGGCUGGUUGUGAGCAGAGGGUUUCGGGCGGCUUUUGAGAGUUGCGGGUUCUGCGCGGCAUCAGAGUAUUGGAAAAUGAGGAUCACCUCCUACACUAGCAAAAAUUGA